AUGGCUGUCCGCAAGUCGUUCUGCAAACCAGUAUCCCAAACUUUCGUGCAUGCCAACCCCAGCUUUAACAUUUGCAUGCUUGAAUCCCGUAUGGAUGUGUUGGAGUGGAGCGAGCUGCAGCAUCCUCCGCCCCGCCUGCAGGCAAGCCGUGUGGAGGGGCAGGUGACGGUCACAGGCGGCAGCCCGCAGGGCCAGCACACGCCGCCGCUCCACCAGGAGCUGCCAGCAGGGCAGCAGCACCCGUGGGGGCAGCACCCGGAGCAGGCUCACCCGCCCCCCCACUGCUCCUUUUCCGCCCCGCUAGAGGAGCGCCUGCAGCCGCGGCUGGGGCACCACCCCCGGCCACCCCCGCACCACGCCACGCUGCCCUCUGCAGUGGUGGUGGCGCCGGAAGGAGAGCGGCGCCUGCUGCUGCUGAAGCUGGAGCGGCAGCAGGUGCAGCUGCACCAGCAGCGCCGGGAGCAGCAGGAGUGGUGCGCUGCCGUGCAGGCACUGCUGCGACAGGGAAGCCACCCGGCGGGCGGCGGCGGCAGGCCUGCCUCCUCGGAGCACCACAAGCGGGGGCUCCAGACGCAGGCGCAGACACUCGGAAAGGCGCCGCACCAGCGGCGGCGGCUCGCUGCCACCUCCAUGCCGCCGCCGCUCCUGCCACACCGGCCCAUCAGCGGCAAGAGCGGCGGGCGGCUGCAGAAAGCGCCGGCCCCGCACCAGAGGCACAGGCCCACCGCGGCCUCCCUGCCGCUCCCGCCGCCCCCACGGUCGCAGCAGCACAGUGGGAGUGGAAGCGGGGGGGGCGUGCGGCUGGGCCGCGCGAUUUCAGACCUGCAGGAUGGGAUAGCCGACCUGGAGCGCCAGCAGCAGCAGCGCGAGCUGGCGCAGCGGCCGGCGGCGCGGCCAGACGAGGCGGCGCGCAGGGAGGAGCGGCAGGAGUGGCAGGAGUGGCAGGAGUGGGAGAGCAAGAGGCGCCUGGAGCAGCAGGCGUGGGAGCAGCGGCGCCUGCGUGACCAGCAGGCUUGGGAGCAGCGCCAGCGCCAGGAGCAGCAGGCAUGGGAGCAGCGCCUGCAUGCGCAGCAAGACGGCCACGAGCAGCAGCUGCAGCAGCAGCUGCAGCAGGCGCUGCGCCUGCGCACGCAGACGCCGCAGGAGGCGCAGGUGCAAGAGGCCUGGCGGGAGGUGUGGCCAGGCGCCGCCGCGCAGGCAGCGGCGGCGCCGCAUGCUUACCACGGAGCAUGCGGCGGCGCAAGCUUGCCAGCGCCCAGUUCCGUGGACGCACCAUGCAGCUCAUUGCAACCACAACCGCUGUCCCUGCAGCUCUGCCCCAGCCUGGACGCCCUCUCCUUCAGCACACAGGACCUGCUGGACACAGCCACGGGGAUGGGCAUGGAGGCGGAGGGCGUGGCCGAGGCGGAUGCGCCGCUGGGCGGCCUGGGGAGCGGCAUGGCCGGCGAGUUUCGGCUGGCAGAGCCUGAGCUGGGGGGCCAGCUGGGGCAGCCCGAGGGGGACCUCUUUGCCGGCCUGCAGCCCGCCCACCCCGCGCCACAGCAGCAAUGGUUUGGCGGCGGGGCCGAGCAGCUGGAGGAGCGCGGCAGCUGCACCAGGCCCCAGUACGGCGCUGCCCAUGCGUUCUAA